AAGCAGGCAAGGCAGCUAUUAUUAGUUUGGGGUGUCAGGCCUGUUCCUCUGCAAACAUCUCUUAAUAUCACCUCUUGGGGGUUUGCCCUGAAAACAAAGAGCCUUGUUGUUGUGGCACCUUUAAAAAGCCAAGGGACAUAGGAAGCUGCCUUAUGUUUUUUCUGGGGGGAAGCCUUUUAGCUCAGUGCUUUGCAAGCAGAAGGUCCUAGGCCCAAUCCCUGGUUUCCAUCUCUAGGUAGGGUUAGGAGAGAUUCCCGGUUUGAAACCCUGGAGAACCAAUCAAUGUUGACAAUCCUAAAACAGAUGGAGCAACUCCGUCUAAUGGAUAUUUAUUUGGGGAAAAUCCAUGGGUCAGUGGAAGAGGACCUGCCUUGCAUGGACAAAGCUCCCAGGUCUAAUCCCUGGCACCUCCAGGUAGGAGAGGGUUCUGUGGCUGCUCAGUUAUGCUAAUGCAUGGGUAGGCAAACUAAGACCCAGGGGCCGGAUCCAGCCCAAUCGCCUUCUAAAUCCGGCCUGCGGACGGUCCAGGAAUCAGCAUGUUAUUACAUGAGUAGAAUGUGUCCUUUUAUUUAAAAUGCAUCUCUGGGUUAUUUGUGGGGCACAGGAAUGCGUUCAUUAUUUUUCUCUCAAAAUAUAGUCCGGUCCCCCCACAAGGUCUGGGGGGGGGGGGAGUGGACAGGCCCCCUGCUGAAAAAAGUUUGCUGACCCGUGUCUAAUGCAUCAGGAAGAACCACCUGGACAAAAUUGCAGUACAGUGGUACCUUGGGUUACAGACACUUCAGGUUACAGACUCCACUAACCCCAGAAAUAGUACCUCGGGUUAAGAACUUUGCUUCAGGAUGAGAACAGAAAUCGUGUGGUGGCAGCGGGAGGCCCCAUUAGCUAAAGUGGUGCUUCAGGUUAAGAACAGUUUCAGGUUAAGAACGGACCUCCAGAACGAAUUAAGUUCUUAACCUGUGGUACCACUGUAAACUGUAAGGUCUAAAGAGAAAAAUAUUGCAUGCUUUGUGAAGUCCCCAAUCUACACGUACAUCUGCAUUUUAUGAUUGGGUUGGUUCAGGUAGCGGCUCUGCUUUUUAUAUACAGUUGUAUAGUUAUAUAGAUAUUUCUUUUCCUGACAGUGUUUGCAUGGUUUUGUCAUGGCCUUUGGCUAGUACAGUAAAGCUUAUUUUGAUUGAUUUGAGGUAGGCCUGAGAGAGCUGCUGCAAAUCAGUGUGUGCAAUGCUGAGCUCUUAUCUGUGUUUAUUGGGCAUUUGUUCUGGGAUAGUUAUGUGACAAAGAGCAUGACCACUAUUAUUAUUUAUUGAUGAUGAUUAUGAGUGAUUACAUUCAUUAUUAUAAUUAUAUUAUUUAUAAUUAUCCCAAUUCAUUCAUCAUGUAGUCAUUUUGAUUUGAGGGGUGCUUAUACCAUCAGCCUUUCAUCCACUUUUCAGUGAGGGGUUUCCUGACAACUCUCAACAUCAUUAAAAACUAAAGUGCUCAGGAUUUUUGGGGGGGAAGCCAUGACAGCAGAGGCAGAGUGGUGUAGUGGUUAGUGUUGGACUAGGACCUGGGAGACCAGGUUGAACCCCCCCUUCAGCUGUGAAGCUCACUAGGUGGGCUCGAGCCAGUUGCUUCCUCCCAGUCUAACCUACCUCACAGUACUGUGGAAGAAAAGGUGGGAUAUAAAUGCAAUAAGAAUAAUGAAUAUAUUGCCUCAUCUUGUGGCAGUGAGUCCCACAAGUUAAUUACACACCAUGUGAAGAAGUACACAGCUAGGUGGGGCGUUGAGGAUACUUUUCCUGGGUGCAACCCUGUCUGGGGGCAACAGGCAUCAAAGAUCAUGCUGUAAUAAUAUUAUUUAAAUACCUGUAAUUAUCAUUAUGUAAUGUUUUCCUUUCAGCAUGGAAUAAUUAAAGAUGAGCCAGCAUUGUGCAGUAGUGGUUAGAGGGUCAGAUUAGAAUGUAAGAGAUCCUGGCUGAAGUCCCCACCCAUUGAACAACUCCAGUCAUUUAGCUCAGUAUCGUCUAUCGAGGGAAACUUUGGCCCACCAGAUGUUGCUGAACUACAACUCCCAUCAUUCUUGACUAUUAGCCAUGACUGCUGAGGCUGUUGGGAGUUGGAGUCCAACAGCAACUGGAGGGCUGAAGAUCCCCCAAGCCCUGGUCUCUUCUGAGUGGCGGUGACUGCAGGGUUUCAAAAGGGAGUUUUUCCUAGCCCAAGAAACUGUUGACCACCCAUCCGUCUGCCCUUUGUUUUGUGCAUACAGAAGUACCUCGGUUUUCGAACGCCUCCGUAGUCAAACGUUUCGGAACUCGAAUGCCCAAAACCCAGAAAUAAAUGCCUCGGUUUUCGAACGCACCUCGGAAGUCGAACAGGAAACGCGGCUUCUGUUUUGAGUUUUCAGUUUUGAGGCUUUUGGUUUUGGAAUGUUUUAGAACUUGGAUGGACUUCCGGAACGGAUUACAUUCGAAAACUGAGGUACCACUGUACUAGGAAUGCCCUCAAAGAAGCCCGGGAAGAGGAAUUCAAGGUAAGAAUUUCAGUUUCCCCCAGCCCAAAGCAUGUGCUGCGCUACUGAGCUAUGACAAUUCCCCUGGCGCUCAGUGUUCCUGAAGCUUAUGGGGAGACCCUGGGCCAUAAUCUUUGAGUCUAUCCCACCUCACAAGGUUGUUGUGAUAAAAGAUGUCUGUGGGAAGAACGCAAGAAGAUCAAACCUAUCCAUUCUUAAGGAAAUCAGCCCUGAGUGCUCACUGGAAGGACAGAUCCUGAAGCUGAGGCUCCAAUACUUUGGCCACCUCAUGAGAAGAGAAGACUCCCUGGAAAAGACCCUGAUGUUGGGAAAGAUGGAGGGCACAAGGAGAAGGGGACGACAGAGGACAAGAUGGUUGGACAGUGUUCUCGAAGCUAUGAACAUGAGUUUGACCAAACUGCGUGAGGCAGUGGAAGACAGAGGUGCCUGCCGUGCUCUGGUCCAUGGGGUCACGAAGAGUCAGACACGACUAAACAACUAAACAACAAUAACAAUGGAAAGAACCACUUAAGAACCUCAGGCCUAGGGGUCAAAUGCAGCUUUCCAGGCCUCUCUAUCCGUCCCUUAGCAUAUUUCUCAGGCCAUACCCUGCACUGGUCCUGCUUCAUGCCCCAAAUGUUUUUGCCUGGCUGGAAUGUGUCUUGAUAAUGCCUCACGCUUGUUUGGGUCGAGGACACAGAGGUGUGUGUAUAGAAGGUACCGGUAGUUUAAUGUACCAAAGUAAAAACUGCAUUCAUUGCUCUACUCACUUUUGCCCCUGGCCUGGCCCACAACAGACAUGUGGCCCCCAGAAUCUUGCACACAAGAGAAUGUGGCUCUCUGGUUCUAAAAGGGUUUAAGCCUUCCUGAUCUCCGUGGAUGAAGAAAGCAAAAUGAGCCUACUAAAUAUAUAAAGCUUUCCAGAUAGUAGAUUAAAAAAGCUAGACGUCAGCUUUCUCGGAGGCUUAGUCAGGGCAGCAGGCCACACCUGCAGCCUAACCCAGCGUAGCACAUUCAGCUUUGUCAAGAAGGAUAAAAUUGGGGAGGGGGGGCAUGACAUCAAACAGUGGCAGCAGCCAGCAGGGGUUACUCGCAAGCACCUCUCAACAGGAGCAGUCUUGCCUAAGCAGCUUCAACACCAUUUCCCCAGUAAUAUCUUUAAAAAGCCCAUGACUAUGUGCCUUAACCCAGCAUUGGUUCCGGCCAAAGGGGGUGAAGAGUUCAGAGAGCUUGUCUCAGGUGUAGGAAUGUCUAUUUAUGGCACCGAGUGCCAAGGCUGUUUUUAAAGCACCGCUUUUAAAAGUUGGCAACCUUAUUUGCAGGCGAUAGCCUACUUUUUAGGGUUGUAUCAUGCUGCCUGAGGUUGAAUCAGACCAUCUUGUCAAGCCCUGAUGACUGACUGGCAGCAGUCAUAGGGGGUCUCAGCAGGAGGCGUUCAUAUCACCCAUCACCCGAGAGCUCUUCUUAACUAGAAAUGUGGAGGAUUAAAACCUUAGAUUUUCUCCAUGGAUGAGAUGAACAAAAUGCACGAGGUUACAACAAACAGGGUGGAUUUGAUUUAAAUCAUUUUUUUACAGAAAGACUCAUUCUUGCUGGUAUAAUCUUAAUUUUUACAACCAGAGGAAGGUUUCAUUUUUGGAAUUAUAAAUUUUCAGAGUAGUUUUUACAAAAAAUUCUGAUUUGAUUAUAUUAUUAGAAAUACAUAGACAGAUAAUUAUGAAAUUAUUGUGAGGUUUAAUAAGUUAACUGUUUAUAUUUGGGCAACUUUUCUGCUGUACUUUUAUUGGAAGGAGAAAAACAAUCAUUUCCUUAAUAACAAUUUAAACUGUUUAUUUAACUAAAACAAUAACAUUAUAGCAUAUGGAUCCAUGUUUGUUAACCAAUGUGGUUAACCAAUUAAAAAAACCCCAAAAACUUAGACUGAGUUUUAGCGCACAUGAAAAAUUUUAAGCAAAUCCUUAUUUCCUGAUGAAUAGCCUUUGGACUAUAAUGUAACUUAAAUAGAAAACUGUCUUUAGAAAUAUUUUUCCUCCAAAAGCAUUUUAUUUUAAAAAUCUGAUUUAAAUUAAAAACAAUCCAAUUUAAAUAAAAGAAUCUGAUUUUUUAAAAAAAUCAUUGAUUUUUAUCCACCCUGGCAAUAAAGGCACUUGAUAUUAUUAUAGAAAAAUAUGGGACGUGCUCACUCAGAACAAAAUGUUGCGGUGUGGAGUGUUUUAAACUGUGUUUUAAAUGUUGUAACCUGCCGUGGGACCCUAGGGUGAAGGGCAGUUAAACAAUAAUGAGUUAAAAGGGCCCGACCCCCUUUUCGGAUUGUUUUAGGAUUCUCCUCAUUCCGGAAACUAUAGUUUACCCCCGCAGGGCUAUAAUUCCUGGCACCAAGAAACAAACUUUAGUUUCCAGAAUUCUUAGUUUUAAGUGUAUGGUGUACAGGCAGCCUAGGACAGAAUACUGAAACUGUAGAAGCUAUGUGUCUUUGCUUAAGGUCUAUACAAACUGCUCGCUUUCAAUGAACUACCGUAUGCAUUCUGGUUUGAGCAGUUUAGAAAGCAGAUUAUGUCUCGCCACAUGUGCGAAAUUGACUGAGCCUGAGUCAGCACCCAAAGGGAGAGUCCUGCUGUCAGUAGGUGUUGACAGCUGGUAUCUAAGGCAAAGUCUGGAGCUGGUGGAGUAACUGGGAAGGAUGAACCUUUAGGAUAAGCUGGUUUAUCGGGGUACUUCUGCACAGUCUCAAGAUUUCCCCAAGCUUGCUGGUGCUCCCAUCUUGUGCCUGGAUGCUGUGUUUUUGACAACAUAAACAACAGCUCUCAUAGCUUCAACACUGGAAAUAGAGGGAAUUUAGUCCGAUUGGGCUCUGAAGUAAGCAACUGUAUAUUCUAGGCUAAAACUGUACAGUGGUACCUUGGGUUACAUACGCUUCAGGUUACAGACUCCACUAACCCAGAAAUAGUACUUUGGGUUAAGUACUUUGCUUCAGGAUGAGAACAGAAAUCGCGUGGCAGCAGCAGGAGGCCCCAUUAGCUAAAGUGGUGCUUCAGGUUAAGAACAGUUUCAGGUUAAGAACGGACCUCCGGAACGAAUUAAGGACUUAACCCGAGGUACCACUGUACAGUGGAACCUUGGGUUGCGAAUGUGAUCCAUCCAGGAGGCACGUUCGCAACCCGCAGCGCUGCGUCUGCGCAUGCGCGUGACAUAAUCUGGCGCUUCUGUGCAUGUGCAAAGCACGAUUUAGCGCUUCUGCACAUGUGCCGAAACCCGGAAGUAACUCGUUCCGGUACUUCCGGGUUCAGCGCGUCCGUAACCUGAAAACGCGCAACCCACAGCGUUCGCAACCCGAGGUAUGACUGUAGUCAAAUCCAUACCACAUACAGUGGUACCUCGGUUCUCAAACUUAAUCCGUUCCGGAAGUCCGUUCCAAAACCAAAGCGUUCCAAAACCAAAGUGCGCUUUCCCAUAGAAAGUAAUGCAAAAUGGAUUAAUCCGUUCUAGACUUUAAAAUACAACCCCUAAAACAGCAAUUUAACAUGAAUUUUACUAUCCAACGAGACCAUUGAACCAUAAAAUGAAAGCAAUAAACAAUGUACUGCAGUCACACAAUCAAUCAAUAAGUAGCUGAACUGGGUUCCACACAGUCACAAAAACAAAACAAAAAGAGCCGCAAAAUAAAUAGCAAAAACAGACAGACCUCAGUGUAACACUCAAAAUGGAAGUGUGGCACUCAAAAUGGAAGCGUAACACUUGAAACGGAGCAUGUUUGGCUUCUGAAAAAGGUUCGCAAACUGGAACACUUACUUCCAGGUUUGCAGUGUUUGGGUUCCAAGUUGUUUGAGUACCAAGGCGUUUGAGAACCAAGGUACCACUGUAUUUUAAGCACACAGUUCCCUCUGCCCCAAGAAUGCUGGGAACUUUAGCUCAUCCCUCACAGAGUUAUACUUCCCUUAACAAAAUGUGGCUCCCAGGAUUCUUUGGGGAAAGCACUUUAAAUUUAUGUUGUGGAUGCGACCUGUUGUAAUGAAAGUUCAGAAGCUGCUGCCAGUCAGCGUAGACAAUAUUGAGCUAUAUGGGCCAGUGGCCUUACUCAGUAUAAAGCAGCCUCCUAUGAGAGGGAAAUCUGUGACAGAGCAUAUGAUUUAUAUUCAGGCGGCCCCAGGCUUGACCCCUGGCGUCUCAGUGUAGGGCUGGAGCAGAAUCCCACCUGAAAAGCUGCUGCCGGUCAGUGUAGACAUAAUGGGGCUAAAUGGACCAAUGGGCUGACUUGGCAUAUGGCAGUUUAUUUACUUAAUUAUUUCAGGGAUGUGUAUAUGUGUGUGUGUACAGUGGUACCUCGGGUUAAGUACUUAAUUCGUUCCGGAGGUCCGUUCUUAACCUGAAACUGUUCUUAACCUGAAGCACCACUUUAGCUAAUGGGGCCUCCUGCUGCCGCCACGCCGCUGAAGCACAAUUUCUGUUCUCAUCCUGAAGCAAAGUUCUUAACCUGAAGCACUAUUUCUGGGUUAGUGGAGUCUGUAACCUGAAGCAUGUGUAACCUGAAGGGUAUGUAACCCGAGGUACCACUGUAUAUGUAUAUAUGUGUGUGUGUGUGUAUAUGUAUAUGUGUGUGUGUGUGUGUGUGUAUAUAUAUGUGUGUGUGUGUGUGUGUGUGUGUGUGUGUGUGUGUAUAAAAUAAAUCACCAAACCAUUUUUUAAAAAAAGCAUCAUGGUGGUAUACAACAUUCCCUACUAUUCUUAACCUUAUUUUGCUAGCGGGGUGUGUGUGUGUGUGUGUGUGUGUGUGUGUGUGAACCGAGACUGAGCGAACAGCAGCUUACAUGUAAAUCUUGUUGAAGGGCGGGGUAAUAAAUACCUAAAGUUGGGAGGCUCUAGAAGACAUCCGUCACAGACGAUAAAAGGAAAUACCAUUCCUGACUCAGUUGAGUUUAACAAGUUCUCCAUCGUUCGACCACCCCUGGAGACUUAAGGCAUGCAUGCUUGCUAUCCACAGUCUGCAUCCAAUCUGCCUAACAUUACAUCACAUGUGAGAUAAUUACUGUUUAUAGUAGGGAACUAGGCACUCCCAAUUCUGCCUGAGGCCUAAAAAGAGGCAGCAUCGAAUCCCUCUGUGAACUCAAAACUCAGCCAUUUUACGCUCUGCAAAGUUGGUCUUGCCAACUAGGCGGAGGACGCAAAUUUUAAUCUCGGUUUUUAAUCCUCUUUCAUAAAAUGUGUACACCCCUUGAUUGUAGAGUGCUCAAUCCCUGUAUAUUCCAAAUUAGUUCCAUCUCAAAAGGUUGGUGAUGGAACUGAAGCCUUUUGCUGUUGCCUAGCAACCGCAGGGCACCCUCCCAACUCUCUUAGGGCUGGCCUGGAAGAGAAUGGGGUAUGUUUCUCCCUGCUGUUGCUAGGCAACCACCAGUGUUUCCCUGUCCUCUGAAUCCACAACACAGCUGGCUAGGAACAAGGGCCAAAAAGUGUCCUGUGAUGGAGGAGGUCUGCAAUCAAAUCCCCUGACAUUUUUAUUUUUAUUUUUUACUUCCUUUAAAGCAGCCAGAUUUUGACUGGGGAGAAGUUCCAUUGUAAGACCAUGACCUCAGCUGACCACUUAAAAGUGCCCUCAUCAGCACCCCCAAAGAAUAGGCUAGGUUGCAAGAGCUAAGGAACGAUGCCCUCCGGGCCAAUGGGUGGGCAUUCCCUCCACCUGGCCCUGUCCUAGCUGCUAGGAAGGAGAACAGUAGCCAUAGGGAUGUGAGUGACUGAGCUGGAAGCGGGCUGGGAGUUGGAGACACAGAGACCUGCUUGCUCUGUCCUGAAUCCAGAGCUGUGUCUAAUGGAGAAGCAAGAUCUGUUGGGGUGUUAAUGUUGUGAGCCCCUCCAUCUUAUACCCAGGUUGUUCAGCCCAGACACUGAGAUCCAGCUCCGAGGGCCUCAUUGCGAGAAGUGAGGUUACAGGGAACCAGGCAGAGGGCCUUCUUGGUGGUGGCGCCCGCCCUGUGGAACGCCCUUCCUUCAGAUUUGAAGGAAAUAAGCAGCUAUCCUAUCUUUAAAAGACAUCUGAAGGCAGCCCUGUUUAGGGAAGCUUUUAAUAUUUAAUGCUGUAUUGUUUUUAACACUCGAUUGGGAGCCGCCCAGCGUGGGUGGGGAAACUCAGCCAGAUGGGUGGGGUAUAAAUAAUAAAUUAUUAUUAUUAUUAUUAUUAUACAGUAUGUGUAAAUAAAUCUAUAUAUCCUAAAGAUGCCACAGUCUCCAACGAAGCAGUAUUCUUUCUGUUGUGAGAUCAAUUAUAGCACUUUUUCCUCUCUUUUUUUUUUUUGCUGGAGAAUAGGGCAGUGGGAGAUUUACUUUAGGAGGGUGGCAACAUGAGAACGGGCUUUUUCUUUAGUGUAAUGCUCUCCCCAGGGAGGUUUGGCCAACGCCUUCAUGAUAUACCCUUAGGUACUAGGUGAAAGGGACGUGGGUGGCGCUGUGGUCUAAACCACUGAGCCUAGGGCUUGCCGAUUGGAAGGUUGGUGGUUUGAAUCCCUGCAACGGGGUGAGCUCCUGUUGCUCGGUCUCAGCUCCUACCAAGCUAGCAGUUCGAAAGCACGUAAAAGUGUAAGUAGAUAAAUAGGUACCGCUCCGGCGGGAAGGUAAACGGCGUUUCCGUGCGCUGCUCUGGUUUCGCCAGAAGCGGCUUAGUCAUGCUGACCACAUGACCCAGAAAAACUGUCUGCGGACAAACGUCAGCUCCCAUGGCCAGUAAAGCAAGAUGAGCGCCGCAGCCCUAGAGUCGUUCGUGACUGGACUUAACUGUCAGGGGUCCUUUACCUUUACCAGGUGAAAAUGUUUCUCUUUAACCAGGCCUUGGGCCGAUUGACAUCCGAUGCCCUUUUAAAUGUGUUUUGGAAGGGGGGUUGUCGAUUUUGUUUUUAUUAUGCAUCUUCUGGGUUUUUAAAAAUAUAUAUUGUGAUUUUAUGUUGUGAACCGCCCUGAGAUCUAUGGGGAUAGAGCAAUAGACCAAACAAACAAACAAACAAACAAACAAACGGUGUUCUGUGGGGCAGGGAGGGUUAAGAAGUCUGCAUGCAGCAAGCCCGGAUUGUGAAUUUAGGAAUCUUAUUCUAGCAGAAGGGCCACCUCUUCAUGGGAGGGCAUCUGCAUUUGCAGGUUCGAUCCUGAACGGCAUCUGCAGGUAGGGUGAGACCAUCGCCUGAAAUCCUGGACAGCUGCUGCCAGUGUGGUCCCAUCUGCACUCCCUGUUUAACUAAGGAAGUACACGACUUUAAACAUUCAACAAACAACACUUCGCCAGAUUUAUUUGGGGUGGGGGGAGCCGGGACUGAAGGAGCAUCUCCACCCCCAUUGUUCUGCCCAGACACUGAGGUCCAGCUCCGAGGGCCUUCUGGCGGUUCCCUCGCUGCGAGAAGUGAGGUUACAGGGAAGCAGGCAGAGGGCCUUCUCGGUGGUGGCGCCCGCCCUGUGGAACGCCCUCCCAUCAGAUGUCAAUGAAAUAAACAACUACCUGACUUUUAGAAGACAUCUGAAGGCAGCCCUGUUUAGGGAAGCUUUUAAUGUUUGAUGUUUUACUGUGAUUUUAAUAUUUUGCUGGAAGCCACCUAGAAUGGCUGGGGAAACCCAGCCAGAUGGGUGGUAUUAUUAUUAUUAUUUGGGAUGAUACAGCCUUAGACCUAUAUGCAGCACAAAUGGUGAGCCACAUGACCAUGGUAGGCUGGGCCGCAGGAAAAAAAGUGAGUGGGGCAAUGAAUGUAAAUGUCACCUUUGUACAUUAGGCUGCUUUCUACACAAACACACAUACACCUCUUUUUCUAGAAAAAAUAGCCCUGCAUCCAGGCACGCAAGAGCCGUGAUCAGAGUUCAAGGGCACUCAUGACAUGGGCGUAGCUGGGGGGGCAGGGAGGGGCAGUUGUCCUCCCCCCUAAGUCAAUAAAAAUACAUAGCAAGCCAAGGUCCUGUGUUUGGUAGCUAUUCAGCUCAGACAUGAAUCAUAGCAAGGUAGAAUCAUAGAGUUGGAUGGGACCCCCAGGGGUCAUCUAGUCCAACCCCCCCUCCCCUUUGCUAGAAGUCCUAACACUCUUUGCCUCCUUAGCAAAUCUCCAUCUGGCACUUAACGCCACCACACCUCAUUAUCCCAUUGAGAGUCGCUCAGCAAAUCGCCUGUAUGGCAAAGCCACACGGACCGAGACGCCAGCCCUUCCCCUCAGCAGGAAUGAAACAAGAAGUUGGUUCCUUCCAUCUGCUCUUCUCCCCAUUUUGGUUUGCUGCGUCCUUUCCUUUGACAGGUGGUCGCUCUGGUCGCCCCUCCCUCCUUCCCCUGCCAAGGCCGUUGCCAGUUUUUUUGAGAGGGACCUGGGCAAAGUGCCCUCCCCACAGAGCUUAAACAGAGGCAGAUGAGGAUGGGCAGUGGCAGCUGAGAAGGGCAGGCAGCUGUGCAGAUGCAACACACUCCUUGAGCCCUAUGGGUAUCUACAGAGCCUGGUGUGAUUAUCUUCCUUGAACCCAGUGCUUCUGGGACCUGCCUCGGAUAUGUAUGUCAGGGCCCAGAGGCGUAAGUGUAAGGGGUGGGGGAGAAAUUCCAUGCAGUUUGCAUUUAAGCCCUUCCGAAUUUGCACUUCCUGGAACAAUAGACAAACUAAAACACAGCCAACCUUCAAAAUUUGCACUUUUUAGAAGUUUUCGAUGCAGUUGUCUAGCCAAGAAGUGUGUACAAAAAUGCCUGUACUAGGGUAGUCUCCAUAAAAAUGCAUACGACAUACAAUAACGCAUUAUAUCAGGGAAGAUUGCUUUGCUAAAAAUAUGUUCCUUAAGAGCCACUGCAUACAAAAAUGGGUUUGCUAGGAUGUUCACGCAAAACCGCUGGUGAAUUUUCAUGACCUUUCCCCCCCUUUUCUUCUUUUUUUAUAAAAAAAAUGUUAACUGAUGUGAAGAUGUACAGAACUGAACUGAAGACUGGCUAAAUGAGAAGCAGAAAACAGAAACUGAUGUUAUCUCACCCAUCCUUCAUCAGGGAUAAAGAAGAUGGUGGUUGCAGCCAUGUGGCCUAGCACUUUAAUUUCACGAUUUAAUUGUUUAACAAUAUGCAUAUACCGCUUGACUGUGAAAAAGCAAGAGAACCUUCUCUUCACAGUAGCAGGAAAACCACGGUUACAACUAAUGGCUAAUCUGAAGAGAGCUAAACCAUGCGCCCGGGUUUGGACAACAUGCUAAUCCAAACUACAAAUGUAUCUGCACUGCACCUUUAAAGCAGUAUCACACCACUUUAAACAGCCAUGGCUUCCCUCAAAGAAUCUUGGGAAGUGUAGUUUGUAAAGGUUGCUGAGUUGCUAGGAGACCCCCUAUUCCCCUCACAGAACUACUGUUGCCAAAGUGGUUUAACAGUCAAUUCCUUUUCCUAGGGGACUGAGGGGAAAAGGGGUCUCCAACAAUUCUCAGCACCAUUAACAAACUUCACUUUUGAGGUGCCUUUGGGGGGAAGCCAUGACUGUUUAAAGGGGGAAUAAUCCUGUUUUAAAUGUAUUGUGCUUCUGGGGAUCAAGAUUGCAAUCCUGUAUAUGUGGGAAUAAGCCCCACUGAUGCUAGUAAGACAUACUUCUGGGUAUUACCCACAGGAAUCAUGGGCUGCAAGGUUAAAUUAUUAUUUCAUCAUCAAAACCUCAGACAGGGCCUAUGGCUUUAAUCAGCAUGGUAAUGUGCAGAUCAAGGCUUAUCUGAACCAAGACACCAACAUAUAAAGAAGAAAGUCAUGAGGGAAAGAUUUGUUAACAGGCUUACACCUAACAUUCAGAAACCUGUGAAAUAACAUUCUAGUUUCAGACGAUACUCUUCUGCUGACAUGAAACCUGCUGCACCUGAAUUUAUUGGCAAGUUUGAUUUAACUAAUCUAGGACUCAGUUGAGACCAGGGUUGUCUCUACUGCUAACACUGUUACGGCCAGUCAAUACGGAACAUUUGCUCCGAUUUAUUUCCCAAUCAGCCUUUUGUCCAUCCGUUUCGAUGCAUUCCUAACCACACUUUUUCAAAAAGUGAUUAUGUCAUGCUAGGGCGACAAAGCUCUUCAUGCCUUUUAAUUGCACCACCCAAAAGUUGCAGUGUACUCUUGAAUCCCUCCUGCAAAAAUACCGACAAGUCUGGAGGCAUUGUGCGUUCUCACCAAUAACAGCUGUUGUGAAAGGUCACUGCAAUAAACUAGGAGACAUUUGAGCUUCGCAGAAACAUGCCUUGGAGUUACUCUUAUCUCUGGCAUUUCUUAACCCACUUUCUCUCUCACACACAGGUGUAGAGAGAGAAUCUGCCAACCAGUAACAGCACUUCAGAGAUGAAGAGUCUUAUGGCGCCUUAAAGACUUUGUUUUCCGGUGCACAAGAGCUCGUGCUAGAAGAAUAUAGUUGUUAACCUUCAAGGCAAAAUGGGACAUUUUUGUUGGUAUCGUUGCAAUAGCCCUAACACUGCGAAACCCGCCCCAGGAAAGUCUAAAACUUGGUGCAGGCACAAUAAACCUUUAAAUUAGCAUGUGAUGCUCUGUUUAUAUGUGUGGUUUGCUCUCCCAGGCUAAAUCCCUCCGGGACUGGAGGUCUGAAAUGCAUGCAGGAGACCUAAACUCUGAGACAUCCACAUAAGCAGUUUGAAAGCAUGACCCCUCCCAUAGCUGAAAGCAUCAAGUCUUCCUUCCCCCCUCCCUGGCUCCCUAGUAGUCUCUUACCCACAGAAGCCUCUGUCUGGAAAGGUCUCCAAAGGAUGCCAGGCAGUGCCCAGUCACUGAAGUAGGCUCUGGGGCGUUCCCAACUGAGCAAUGGCGCCUUCAGUGCUGAAUCAGACGUGCACCAGCCAGUCCCCUACUCCUCUUGACAGUUCAGCAAUGCAGAUAGAAAAAGCUUUCAGCCGUGUCCCUGGCUUCCCUGGGCAGGCAGCCACACAGCAAAGCGGUGUUCUCACAGUGGGCAGAGGUGGAGCGAGGCAAUGCGCCAGGAAUGCUAUCUGGAGAGGCCCUAGGAAAAGGAGCUUGGAGGUUGUUCGUUUUAUUUUUGCUUGGUUUUUUCCCCCAGCAGAGAUGGCCUUGGCUCAAGCCCAGCGCUCUCUCCGGAAGGCCUGCGCUUUUCGCCCAGUCGCUUCUGACCCUGACACUUGGAGGCCGGAGUGAGGAACUGCAUUUAACUCCACCCAAAACCACUCAACCUGCAUCAGCUGGAAACUGCUGAUAGCAAUUGGGCUUUUAUUGGAUGGAGGGGGGGAAGAAGGGAUCAAAGAAACAAGCGCAGGCUGGGUGGCUGCAGGCUGUUUUUCAAUUAACUCUCUGGAAAAGAAAAAAGGCCUUGAAAUACCUAUUGGCUGAAAUGCAUUUCCUGGAAAUAAAAGCCACAUUUUCACCACACCUGCACCCCUUUCCAGGAACUUGAGAUGUCUUCUCUUUCAUUUUGGAGUCCUGGAUUUGAGCCAGCUGCCAAAAUAAAGGAGUGAAAUGAAAAAUGAACAAUGCUUUCGAUUUCAUUUCUCUCUCUGUUUCCCUCCCCCACCAGACUUAAAUUCAUUUCUGCAUCUGUUUGUGACUGGAUAAGAAGAAACCCUCAAGGAAAUUUAUCAGCAUUUUAGUGUG